AUGGAUCGCCGCUCGGUGCUUGUCUUUCUCAACAUUUCCCCCUCGUACUUUAACGAGGAGCUGGCGUUCUUCACCGAGCAUGCUCGGGCUGAAGGUCGCACGCUAGUCCCCUACACCCACCCUGACUAUCCAGGCGAGUACGGUUACGUGUGCACAGGUGCCGACGACUCGCUGGUCGACUCGGCCAAGUUUUUGGUACGUCGCCACGACUACAUUCGUCUGUGGGUCUUCAGCGAGAGCGACUUUGUCCUGCCGCGCGAGAUCAACAACUCCAACAGCCUCGACAAUCUAGUCUCGUCCCACCGUGCCUUGUCGGGAUGA